UAUUCACAAGUGUUUUAUCAUGAUUUGAGUCAGUAUCAGUGAAUCUACUUUUUACAACCUCAAAGCAGACAGAGACCCCUUUUAACAACGGUGAUGUAUGUAUAAUCAUGAUUAAAAAAAAAUUAAAAAUCCCAGUAGAUGUCCUUUUAAAAAAAGGCUCCUACUUUCACAAUAAUGAAAACGAAUAGUUGCCCUUCUUUAAAAUAAUUUUCGCCCCUGCCCCUCAGAAACGCUGAGUCCGCCAUUGUUGCGUUGCAUAUUUACAAUACAAAAUACAACAUCUGUAAGCUUUCGCUUUUAUAAACUUUAAUCCAGCGACCUCCUUCCGUCACAGCUUUUAUUUCGAAAGUCUCGAGCGGAAGUUCCUCCCCCUCCGCUUUGCGCGCUCCCGCGAUGUUUUGGGAACAUUCGGUGCCCCGGCGAGCGCGCGCAUCCAGGACUGUAGCUGCCUGUCAUCGCUCGUGCUGACAUCACAGAGGAUUUGCUACAAUGUCAAACACUUACAAGCAGCGCGAGCUCAUGGCUUCUUCUUUCCCGCGCCACAAUGAGAAGCCCCGCCGCGUGCUGCUGCUCAUCCUCUGAACACAGAAGCUGCUCCACUUCGUAUGGGUUUCUUCCAUCGUCCUGAACAGGAUGAGCAGGUCUAUGUGAGCGUGUGAGCCAGGUCAGAGGUCAUGCUGCGGAGGGAAUCUGACUCCCACGGCCUGUUUUCCUCCGGAGAGACGUCUGACAAUGACUGUGAGAUGGGGGCGAGCUGUGGAGAGGUAGAUGUAGUGUGUCUGUGCGAGGCCGGUCCCUGUACACUUUAUUCAGAAGCACACACGCCUACGCCGGACUCACUGCUGUGUGAACACUGUGGAAAAAACAGAGUCAUGGUGACCAGGUACUCUGAAGGAUAUGGCACAGAGGAGGAGUGCGUACUGUCCGACCCUCAGGGAGAGAGUGAUGCAGACGCUGACAUAGAGGACACCGACUGCAGACUCCAGGAGCCAGGUUCUCUCCAGCGAAUCAGCUCACGGAGACGCAAGCGCCCACGGGUAGCGCGGCAAGACACCACGGAGAGCGAAGACGAUGGCGGGCGGAGCCACAGGACUCAUCGAUGGAACCUCAGGCUCAGCCCUGACAGAGCUCAGAGCAGGACCAUACUGGAGGAGAGCAUAUCACAGGUCCGGCCUCUGGUCAUCUGCCGCCCGAACGCAGAGAAGCAUAAGAGUCAGAUGGAUCUGCCCCGAGACUCCGGACGUCUGAUGUCUCUGUGGCCUCCGUCCCUCUCUCUUCCUCUCAUCCUCCUCCUCUCUCUGCCUGUCUCUCUCUCCCUUGUCAUUGUCAUCGUGUCUUUCUUUAUACCGUGGGCUACGAGCGCUUGACCAAUAGGAUAGUUUCCAGAAAAUUCGCCGCCAACAUGUGAAACUUAGUGAAUAUAGCACAAAAGGGAAAAAGAAAAACGGUGCUUUAACAGGUUUGAAGACUAAUUUAAGAUGUUUGAAUAGACCCUGCUUGAGUUUCUCUACGUGUGGAGGGAUUUAAAAUAAAUAUGAAAUUUUUAUUCUGCACAUUUUACGUCCACAUUCUGUUCUUGAAAAAAGCAACCACCGACUGCUUGCUUUUGCCUCAUAAAAUCUCACCUUCCAUCUCACUUUCUCACCCCCUCGUUGGUAAAAAUAGACCUCUCAUCUCGCUCCUUAUUCUAACAAGCCACAGGAGUGAUACCUGGGGUGGGGGAGGGCCUUCAGGACUGCGCAGGUACACGCAAAGAGGAAAAAUUACAAAUAAUAACACCGACGAAGCUGCUGAACUAUGCAAUCCCUCCGUUCCUACAGCGCCGUAUGUACCGCUGUUUCCAGACAUCUCUGAUUUCUUUGGCACUGUCGUCACCUUCUUGGCCCUUCCCGUUUUUCUCUCUGAGGUUUAUACUUUAUGAAUGCAGGGAUGCUAAAAUAGAGCAUGACCUAAUUAUAAAAGCAAUAGGAGGAGGGAUAUGAUAUCGCUCAGAAUGCGUGUGAGAGGACUACAUGUGUUAUUUGACUUGAUGCAGAUUGAUGUAAUAACAGGUGGUUCCUUCUUCUUCUCUUUUUCCUGGCUGCACUUGUGUACAUUUUUAGUCAAAGAAACCGACCUCAAAAGAAAAUGAGCUUUAGUAGAAUUUAAUAAUGUUUAAAAAAAAGUCUUAAAGUUGAACGGUUGCAAUCAUGUUUAGUAAUAUUUAUGUUUAUAUUUAUGAAUCAUUAUUUAUGAGGAAAAAUGAGCUUGACAAUCAGUCAUGCUAAUUAUUUCAGACUGAAAUAAUCGGGAUAAAAGCCAUGUUAUUGUGGCUUUUCUGCACUGUGUAUUUAAUGUCAUGUUGUUUUUCUAUGUUUCUUUUUUAACUUAUGGUCCUUUUAGCACACCGCACUAGGGUUAUAGAACAGUAUUAUUUUGAAAUUUAGAUCAUGUUUAGUACCCUUUUUCUCUUCCUGCCUGUUGUAUUGCCUGUCUUGAAUCUUGAAUUUAAUUUCACUGUGUUUGUUCAGUGUUCUGUGUUUUAAGGAGCCUUAGGCGCUCAAUAAACUAGAUUGUAUUUUGA